AAGAGUUGGGUAUAUAUAGCUGGCUGCUGCAGUCACCAGACAUCCUCCGCCGAUCCUCACACCGUCAACAUGCAGCUUGUCAUCGUCGCCGCCCUCCUUGCCCUGGCUGCCGCCGCCCCUCAGUCCACCAGUGACCGCGAAGCCUACAUCAUCACGGACGAGCGGACAGACAACGGAGACGGAAACUUCGCCUACCAGUUCGAGACCAGCAACGGCAUCUACUCCCAGAGGACCGGCGUCCCGGGGUCCAAGGGCCAGAGCAACAUGCAGGGCUCCGAAAGGUUUACCUUCCCCGACGGCACUGUUGCUGAGAUCACCUACAUCGCCGACGAGAACGGAUACGUCGCCCAGUCUCCGCUGAUCCCCACCCCUCACCCCCUCCCUCCCCACGUCUAUGAACUCCUCCGCAUCGCCGAGGAGCAGCGGGCAGCCGGCAUCACAUUCAACUAAGGUGUCUUAGUUCCGAUCCCGACGCACCAAGUCUCUGCUGUACAUAAUGUCCUCUGAACAGAAUACACGAUGCAGCGCCAGCCUGUCACUUGUACUACUCCAGUCUUUCCUUAUUGAAUAAACAACUAGAACUGUU